AUGCCUAAUGAGUUCAAUGAAGAAGAUCUCAUAAUUGGUCCAAUUACUGGGAUGCGGUUCAGUAGUAAGGAUGUUAUGUUUGAUUUUUACAAAGAACAUGCAAGAUUAUCAGGGUUUUGCAUUGUCAAAAUAACAUCAAAUAAAAAAGGUGGUGAUAUCGUUAGGUAUGUGCAAUAUGGUUGUGGUAGGUCUAGGAAACCAAGGAAUAAGCAUGUUACCAAGAGGAGGAACUGUCGUGCUAGAAUAAAUGGAAUUUUGGAGGAGAAUGGUUCGUGGCGUGUUUCAAAGGUGGUUAAAAAACAUAAUCAUCAAUUGGAACCAGCACUAUCGCGAUUGAUGGCUGGACACAGAUCGCUUAAUAAGUCUCUUAAGAGAACUCUUGCAACCAAAUAUAUUGCUGGCUUAAGACCCUAA